UAGUCGCGGUCUCGCCAACUCAAGUCAACACCUCUGAAAUUUUGUACGGUAUCCGUAAAUUCCAUAAUCUGAAUUUGAAAAACCCUCCUUCUACCCCCCAAAAUCCCAUGGCUUCCUUUUUCAGAGCAUCCCGAAAAUGGCUUCUUUCUCCAUUUCGUCUCUCCUGGAACUUUACUCAUCAUCUACGCGUACUCGAAUUCCCGACUCAAAUGCAGACUUACUCUUCAGUACCGAAGGUCCGAUCACCGUUUGAUUCCAAUAUUAUCCGAAUUCUUCGCAAUGAGGUUCAAUAUCAGACUGAAUAUGCUCCUCCGCACGAGCCUCCUGCAAGUUUCAAAUUCUUUUCUGUUGAAGAUUGCCCGGGUGAGGUAUAUGUAAGACUUCGACGCAAUUUUGGUGAGAAAGAGGAGAUCAAAGUUGAGGCUACAAUGUUUGAUGGUUGUGUAUCUGUACCUAAAACUGGGGAUUAUGCUGACAAAGAAGACAUUCAUUUUCAUAUAAGCUUGCUUAUUGACAUAUCGAAGGGAGAGGGAACUGAUGGAUUAGGAUUUUUGUGCUCUGCUUGGCCAGAUUACUUGGAGAUAAUGAAAGUCUACAACUUUCGUGAGAGCAAAUUGCAGCCUAAAGCCUACAUGGGACCUAAUAUAAGAACCUUGGACCCCAAGCUCCAGAAGGCACUUCAUGAAUAUUUGGAAGCAAGGGGAGUGAAUGAUGAACUUGCUGUUUUCUUGCAUGAGUAUAUGGUCAACAAGGAUCAAACCGAACUCUUGAAAUGGUUAGAAAAUGUCAAGUCUUUUGUUGAACUGUAGAGUGCCAGAUGUUCUGGCUCCACUUGGAGAUUAACUGUAUGGUAAUGACAUUGAUUUUUCUUUAAAUCUUUUUAUAGAUUGUAGGGGUAUAGUAUUAGUAUGUUCUUUAAAGUGGUUAAUGUGCAUAUUAAGGUCAAACUUGCUCAUGUAUUCUGUUUAUUUAUGCUUGCAUGUUGAGUACUCUCUGUGCCACUAGUUUUGCUAUAUUUUCUGUAUUGAGAUGUCUCAAUGAUUUUGCUUAAUGGAAAUGUCUCCACCACGUUUGCUUACAUCAAAAACUUCUCUCUUUUAUACCGUUCACGCAAUUAAGCUUUUCGUCUUUUUCUCCCAACCUGCACACCUAGUUCAAUCCUUGUACUAAAUUUUAAUUUAGUCAUCUAAGUGGGACUGGGGAUUAUUAUUAAGUUAUUAGGCUAACACUAAACUAGUUUUAUAAGAUGGAGAAGGAUCAUUAUGAGAAAUUAUCAGGAACAGGUUUUGUUAUUUAGUGAUAAGUGAUAACUGAUUUUGUUUUAAUUGGAGUGCUUUUACAUGCUUCUUUUUGUAGUCUGAUGGAAAUGAGUGUGUAAUCAAUAUGACCUACAAUCAAGCAAGCUUAUUUUAUUGGUGGCUAACUGGCUAUGGCAUGGCUCAUGAGACCCUGAUACAUGAAUCAUAGUGAAACUGUUGGAUUAGAUCUCAAUGCAAUGUCCUUGCUUGAGAUUAGUCUCUUGUUUAGUUGGCUUUCUUCAAAUAAGGAAGUGGAGGAGAAACAUCCUAGUUUCCUAUUUCUCCCAGAAUCGUGUCACAUAGCAUUGAGCUAGAACUGUUGGGAUGCUUGUUUAAAGUGGUUAUUUCAUCAUUGACCAUUAAGACUUGAAUCUAACUCUUUGUUCGUGGUAAUGGUAUUGGUAUCGGUUUUUUGGACGUGUGAAUUCUUUUGUUAUAAUCAUCUGCACUUGUCUUUUGCGUAUAUCUCUUUGUUUUAUUGGCAUCUUCGAAAAAGAAGUCCGUCACCAGUUGAAUGUUAGAUUUCAGGUUUGAUAUUUUGAAUUUCCAGCGCUAUCUUUGCUGAGGGUCUUAUUGCUUCUUUGAUGUCAAUUAACCAACUAGUUUGUUAGCUUUAGGGUGUGUUUGGAUGAAAAGAAAUGGAGGAAAAGGAAGGAGAGGGAUUUGGAGGGGGAAGAAUCCCUUAUUUGGAUAGCAAAUUGGAAGGGAGGAGAUCUGGUGGGAGAGAAUUGGAAGGAUUUUAUGGAUAUUUUUUGUUAAGGUUCUAAUCUCUCAAAAGUUGAAAAGAUUUGAAGGAAAAACUCUCAUUUUCCUUCCUUUGCCUUCCAUUCCCUCCUAUACAAACAAGAAUUAUUUUCCUUCCAUUUCUCUUCCCUUCCUUUCCCUUCCCUUCCUUCCCCUUUUCUCCCUUUCUUUUCUCACCAAAAUUAUUAUCCAAAUAUAGUGUUAGAGCUUUGUUCCACUUAUACCUCAACAGGUAGUCGUUUCCUUCUUUAAGUUUCUAAUACUAAGUUUUGGUUCACUCAACUUAUGAAGUAGGUAAGAUUGAUUUGAUUGAAGAUAUUGGUUCAGUGUUUAUCAUACAAUGAACUCUGCUGGAUGAAUUUGCCAUUCAAGGUGGCCUUUGUCUAUGAUUUUGUUGCCCUUUAUGUCCAUUUCUCUAUCGGAGAGCCGAUCACGUAGACUGACUGAGGCAGGGUUAAAGAAAUUUUGGCUCAAAAAUAUUGUAAUCACCGAGACCACAUGUUAGGGUUCUAAAUAUUAUGUUUACACCAUUUUGAUCUUAGGCCUGCAUGUCCAAUUUUGACCUGCCCCGAACUCUUUAAUUCUCUACAUAAGUGUUAAGAAAAUGCUGCCUGUUCCAUGAGCAACUCAAACCAUCGCAGUUGCCGUUCACCUGAGCAAUCUAGCACUAACUUCAAAGUUGUUCUGACUUUUAACAAACCUGCCUUGGUGCCAUAGGCUAAGCAGUAAGAACACUUGGCUAUAACAACUCUUUACUACCCAAAACAUAGGUGUAUUACCCCUAAAAUGGGAAAUUUUGUUGACCUUUUCUUGCUUGCUAUACAUGGUCAGUUUAACAUAUAGAAUUCAGUUAAUCAAAUGUGUUUUACUCACGACGUCCCGCUUAAUUUGAAUUAUUUUCUAAUUUUGGUUGUCCUACUAAUUUUGCCGCAUUUCCUUAUUUGGAAAUGGAUCUUACCAGAAUUCUUUUAAUCUCAUCCAUACAUUUCAAUGCUCCUUUUAUAUCAUCCAUGAUCCAACCAUUUGAUUUCUUUCUUCAAAAAUUACCAAAUUCCCACAAUUACUUAAAACCCCACAUUUGCAAAUUUAAUGGGAUAUAGUACCUAUGAUAUAAUGGGUGAUACUCAACGGGGUUUGCUUAAUGAUUACAAUUAUGGAGAAAAUUUAAAGUUGAUGAGGAAAUAAGAUGAUUGUGAGCCCAUUUUUCUUUUGCCAUUCUGUAUGCUUUGUUGUUGAAGAGAAAUAGAAGGGCCCAUCGUUGGUUGUUAUGCUUAAGUAACAAGGUAGAAUGUCAUAAUGCUCUGGUUGUGAAGAGAAAUUCUUUGUUAAAUGGAAUUUCUAACGACAUUAGAGGUGUUAAUUUGAUACGAAAUAUAGCAUUUGAAUCAUUUAUUGAAAACAAGCUUAGAAGUUUAGGUCAUUUAUAAAUAGCCAUAAAGUUCAAUUUUAAUAGUCACUAUAAAUCAAAUAGUACAAACAUUGUAACCAUGUCACAGGUGUUCAAUCAACGAAUCGGGGUUUUGAUUUGUGAAGAAGAUAAUGAGGAGAGAGAUUGAUGAGUUUGAAGCCAUUGUUGAAGCUCAAGGUUGGAGAUGGUAGAUGAGAGAGAAUAAGUUCAAUUAACUAGGUUGGGUUAAGGGUCAAAGGUAAAUUGAUUUGGUUAAAAAGGUCAUUUUAGAGGUUAGCAAGUCAUUUUAUUUUCUGGUGAUCAGAAUUCGAUGAGAUGGUUACAAUAUAAUGCUUGCACUAUUUGAUUUAUAGUGGUUAUAACUCGUAAAUAUUGAAUUUUGUUACAAUAAUCUAUAAAUGACCUAAACUUCACUGACUGUUCAUAGAUGAUUAUAUAUCAUACACACUUCCAAUUGCUUGGGAUCGUUAAUAUCUUAUUAGUGGGUGGAAAUUGGAAAGUAAGUGUCUGAUUGUCUGCUUACUAUUUGAGAUGUUACACGCUAUAUCAGCAAUCUGCGACUUCUCAUUCUUCUUAUUCUUUAGGUUAUUCAUCAGGCAUAUUUCUUUGAUAGGAGCUCGAAAAGGGGAAAAUUUAAAACCUAGUGCAAACUUAAGGCUCAUUAGGAAUUCUUUGUCACUUUGUUAACUAUGUGUGUUCUGUUUAAAGCUUGAUAUUGGGUUGCUUAGAGUGUGAGUCAUGAGUCAGGAGUCAGGAGUCAGGAGUCAGGAUUCAGGACAUAAUAUAAGGGAUGGUCCGUACGGAUAGUUCAUGGACACUAUCAUAACUCUUUGGUUUCAUCUAAUAA